CAAACAAAGACAAGUCACUUCUAAAAACUUCAAUUCAAUUUCUAGUUUGUUGCACGUAAUCUUUAUUUACAAUUUUCUCAAACGUAUUUAGCACGAAAUCUUUCCAAAUUAUGUGAACGAAAACCAAAAGUUGGAGACAGCGACCCCGUCGCAGCGGAUUGAUGAUACUGGGGUUAUCUGUGAAAGGUCAACAUAAAAUGUUGUGAGGGUAUUUUGUUUAAGCUAAAGGAAGUAACCAUAAGGAUGGUUCCUGCUCCGAGUUGUCCGUCUACGUGGGACUACUGGCAGACCACGCCAGCAGACUGUGUGGAGUUAACAUGCCUGCUGCCAAAUUCUGUUUACAUUCCCUUGAGAGUGACCUGGGAUGCCACUCUUCAUGCCAUCAAAGAGGAAUUAUGGGAAAAUGCAUCCAAUUAUCCCUUAUUUGGAAUGCUUCAUGAAAGCUCUGGCUAUGUGUUCCAAUUUGUCAAUUCCCUGGCUGUGCUGGAGGUGAUAGACGAUGAAGGGAAACGUCUGCGAGACGUGAAGCCAGUAUGUGGGGUUCUUAUGAUCAUCGAGAGGUCUGUGGACAAGCCUGGCGAGACCCUACUAAAUACACAAAUCAGUCAUUUGAUCGGAAAAGGUUUAAGUGAUUUUGACGGCUUAAGAAGCAUGGAAGUGAAUGAUUUUCGAGCACAAAUGCGAAACUUAGCUGAAGAAAGUUUAAUAAAGAGAAUGCAAAGCUCAUGGCUGGAGCGGCUAAAAUAUCAGUGCCCUCCAAGACUAGCCGAUCAGUCUGUGCCCAUGGCACUCCGAAGUAAACUAAAUAGGAACACAUUUACGUUGACUACAAGAUUUGCUAAUUCUGAGGACUCGCAGUCUAGGUCAGUUCCCGUGACGCGUACGCCCCAACAACACAUAGAGAAGGUGAUGCACCCUCAAGUCCUAGCUCACAACUACGUGUUGAAGGUGAUAGGACGCGAGGAGUACCUAUUCGGGGAGCACCCGCUGAUACAGUUCCAGUACGUGCAAGAUAUGCUGACCAAGGACUGCGUGCCGGAAGUCAUGCCCGUCAACCUCAACCAGCUCAGGUUUCUCGACGCAACAAACUAUUACAUCCGCGAGCAUCCGCGGCGGUCGACCAACGAGCACCACAACACGAUAAGAAGGAGAAAGAACGAAUCUUCGUGGGACAUUGACAAAAACUACGCGUGUAUUGUGCAAACUGUGGGCGGACUCAACGUAGACCCCGGCCGAGAGGUGAUAUGCCAAGCUGGUAUCUUCCACGGAGGCAAGCCAUUGUGCGAGGUUCAGAAAACACGAGCGGCGGUCGUGACGUGCGAGGGAGACGCCAAGUGGGAGCAGGACCUGAGGUUCCCGAUCAAAGUGAAUAACAUCCCGCGUAUGGCGCGACUCUGCUUCGGCAUUUACGAGAUUGAGACGAAGAAUCUCAAGAAUAAGAAGAAAGGAAAGGAAUCGACUAAGGACAUGAUCAACAAACUGGCCUGGGCGAACAUAAUGAUUUUCGACUACAAAGACCAACUGAGAACAGACAAAGUUACCCUUUUCAUGUCGACCCACGUCGCGGAUGAGACUCAAGGGGAUGACCAGAUACUACACCCGCUGGGGACAGUGUUCUCAAACUGUGGGACUGACUCCGGAGCUGUGCUUCAAGUGCGCUUCUCAAACUACGAGUGCCAAUACCCAAUCCUGUUCCCGAAGCAGGAUGAAGUGAAGGCCUACGCUGAACACAUUGAGAACGGGUCUCCAGAUGUCAUGGCGAGGCUUCACAGAGACUUUGAGAAACUGAGAGCUACGGCCGAGAAAGACCCUAUGUAUGAGAUGCAUGAGCAGGACAAGAAGAAUAUUUGGGCUUUGAGGAAUCACUUCCGAACCGCCGCACCGCAGCUAUUGCCCCGCCUCCUGUCGUGCGUGGAGUGGGGUGAUCGUGCGGAAGCGGCGUCCGCGGCGCGGAUGUUGUCAGACUGGCCUCGAGCGCUGCCCGUGGAGUCCGCACUCGAGCUCUUAGACUACGCGUUCGCUGACACAGCUGUGAGGAGCUUCGCCGUCAGCUGUCUAGAGAAUAUCAGUGACGACGACCUGCUAUUAUACCUGCUGCAACUGGUACAAGCGCUCAAACAUGAAUCCUAUCUCAUGUGCGAUUUGUCUGUGUUCCUUCUGCGGCGCGCUUUCAAAAAUAUGGUCAUAGGACAUUACCUCUUUUGGCAUUUGCGAUCGGAGAUGAACAUGCAAUCAGUAGCUGUGAGGUUCGGUCUGCUUCUGGAGGCAUACUGCCGAGGCUGUCAGGAGCACAUCAACAUAUUGCUGAAACAAAUCACUUGUUUGGAUAAACUGAAAUGGGUGAGCCAAAACGUGAGAAAAAUGAAGGAAAUAAACAAAGCGAAGAAAUACCUGCAAGAACAACUGCAGCAACAGCACUGUGUAGAUAUACUCAAGGACUUCGUGUCUCCGCUCAACCCUAGCUACGUCUGUAAGAAAGUCAGGCCGGAAGUAUGCCGCGUGAUGGACAGCAAAAUGCGACCCCUGAUGGUGAACUUCGAGAACGUGGACCCGUACGGCUCCGACAUCCGCAUCAUCCUGAAGAUCGGCGACGACCUCCGCCAGGACAUGUUCACGCUGCAGAUGCUGCGCAUCAUGGACCGCCUGUGGAAGAGCCACGGCUACGACUUCCGACUGAGCCCAUACAACUGCAUAUCGAUGGAGAACGAAGUGGGAAUGAUUGAGGUGGUAGAAGACGCGGAGACGAUCGCCAACAUCCAGAAAAACUAUGCGCUCUUCAACGCUGCAUCCACCAUCAAACGAGCCAGCUUGUUACAAUGGCUGAAAAGGCACGCGGAAGAGGCGCAAGAGCAUCAAAAUGAGGCGUUCAAUAAAGCUGUCGAUGAAUUUACUAUGAGUUGCGCCGGGUACUGCGUCGCUACUUAUGUGUUAGGAAUUGCUGACAGACAUCCCGACAAUAUCAUGCUGAAGAAAAGUGGACAGCUGUUCCACAUAGACUUCGGGCACUUCCUGGGCCACUUCAAGUACAAGUACGGCAUCAAGCGCGAGCGCGUGCCGUUCGUGCUGACGCACGACUUCAUCCACGUGAUCAACAAGGGGCAGAGGGGCACCGGGGACAACGAGCCCAUAGAGUUCAAGAUCUUCCGCGAACAUUGCGAAACGGCUUUCAAGAUCCUCCGCAAGCACGGGCAUCUAAUCCUGUCAUUGUUCUCCAUGAUGAUAUCCACCGGGCUGCAGGAGCUGAGCUCGGAAAAGGACCUGCAGUAUCUCAGGGAAACUCUCGUAAUGGACUUGUCCGAAGAGCAAGCGAUGGCCCACUUCAGAUCGAAGUUCAACGAAGCCAUAAAGAACUCCUGGACGACGAUGUUCAACUGGGCCAUACACAACAUAGACAAGAACAACUGACAGCGGCCUGUCAGUCGGCGGCUCAAGCGACAGCCGCCGAAACACGCGCCGCAGACAUUGUAGACUCUAACGCCAGCGCGUAAGGCUCAUUUUUGUAUAGCGUACAUCGGUACUUUAAAUUUAGAAGCAUGAAUUGUAAUUCCAACGCCGAUGGCAGCGUCCAUACCGUUAUUCGAUAUUUGAAUAAUCAUGGCGGAUCAAAUCGAAAAGAACGCCAAGGCAUGUGGACAUUGUAGACUAAUUCCAGCGCUAUCAAAUCUUGACCUUAACGCUAGGGGGCAGGGCUCAUUUUUGUAUGUCAUAUUUAGACAAUGAUGUCCAUACCUAAAUAAAUAAAUAAACAAGAACAACAGACAGAGGCCCGUCAGCCGGCGGCUCAAGUAACAGCCGCUGAAACACGCGAUGCAGACAAUUAAGACUAACGCCAGCACGUAAGGCUCAUGUUUGUAUAGCGUACAUCGAUGUUUUAAUUUAAUUUUAGACGGAUGAACUCUAAUGCCAACGCGUAUGGCUCACUAUAUGUACAGCGUACACGGAUAUUUGAAUGAUCAUGACGAUUAAAAUCGCAAAAAAUCACCAAAACAUGCGGGUGUUGUAGACUAAUGCCAGCGCUAUCAAAAUUAGACCUUAACGCCAAGGCGAAUGCCUCAUUUUUGUAUAUCAUAUAUGUAGGAUGUUUAUACACAACAUAGAUAACUGACAGCGGCCCGUCAGUCGCCGGCUCAAGUGACAGCCACAGAAAAACGCAUCGCAGAAAUUAUAGACUCUACGUCAGCGCGUAGGGCCCAUUUUUGUCUAACGUACAUCGAUGCUUUAAUUUAAUUUUAGACGGAUGAACUCUAAUGCCAACUCUUAUGGCUUAUUUUUGUACAGAUGCCCGAUACUCGAUUUUUGAAUUAUCUUGACGAUUGAAAUCGAAAAGAACGCCGAAGCAUGCGGGCAGUGUGGACUAAUGCCAGCGCCAUCAAAUAUAGACCUUAGUAAUGUUCAUUUUAAUAUUGCAAAUAUCGAUUCUCGGAAAAAUGGCGGUAGCAUGUAAGGCUCAUUUUUGUAUGCUAUAUAUCUAGUAGGUAUCGAUACCUACACAAAAUUUGAAAUAAGUAACUCGGCGCCGCGGCUAAACAUUGCACUUGUGUGGAAGAGAAAUGAUGCUCCUGUCCACAUUAUCUGAAAGAGAAACUCUAUUCGAAUAAAAACUAAUAUUAUACAUUUACCUGCCAGGUUUGUUUAAUUAUGAUAUACAUACGAACAAAAAAAGAAUUGAUUGAUGUUACAUACUGGCCAGAUAUAAACCAGAGUAAUCUUAACAGGACAGGAUUGUGAAGUAAGACUGAUAGUUUAUUUUAGCAAGGACAAUGUAAGUUUAGCCGCGGCGCACAGCUUGUAUUUAGUCCACAUUUGUUCCAAAGUUAAAAACAUUAACGAAACUUAGUAAUAGAAAGUAUGUUACGUGUUAAUAACGAUUUAGGCCAAUAGGUUAGACAAGAUCAUGAUUAGAUUGUAAUUGAAGCUUAGCUUUAUAGUUGGAACAUAAUACAAUUGUUAUUUAUUAAAAAUUUAAUAACUUUUUCAAAUCCCGCACAUCGAUGGUGGGAUCGAUAAGGACGAUUAACUUAAAAAAAAUACGAAAUGGACAAAAUAUUUAUUAAUCGAAUUAAAAAAAUAUUUUGAUUGUUUGCAAUCGCACUCUGAUCAUCGAUGAAAGUACGGCAUCCCCAUUCAACACAAAUCUUAUUUUGUUAUUCCUAGGAAUAGCGACAUACUUCUGAUGACAGUAUAUAUAAAUAGCAUAUGUGUAGUGAUCUGUUGCUUUUUUAUCAAAAGGAGAGUGUCACUUGAUUUACAAAUUAUAUUAAUAAUAGCUCCGAACAUAUUAACUAAACUUGAAACCUAAAUUGAAUUUGGAACUUGGUUUUCGAAUUAUCGUCUGACCAUCGUAUUCUUUUUUUUUUUGCUCGAUAUUUACAGGAGCAAAAACACGCGGCGGCCGAAUAGGCUGUGAUAAAAUCAUUGAGAAUUGUUAAAUCAGGAAUUAUAAUGUGUACGUUUGCUUAAGUUAUAUGAUGAGAUAUUUUAAUGUAUAUUUUUACUUUUAAUUCGCUUAGACAAUGGCUAAAAUAUUUUCACGUUUAUGUGUAAUUUAAAUUUACUUCUCUUGGAUAUUUCUAUCAAAAUAAGAAGCAUGUUUUAUUUAUGAUUCGUAAGGUCAUUGAACAAAGGUUAAUUCGUUCAAUCUAUAUAAAUAAUUAGGGUCAAAGUAAGGGAAGUUAAUUUAUGAAUGAAUUGCUAUGACUUUCAUUAUGAUAGGUUAAGAUUUGAUUUUAAAACUAUUACGAUUUGAAUUUAAAUGGAAUGAAUAGGAAAGGAGUGAGGGCCGCCGCGACAACGGCUCUGUGAUUCUGUGAAAUUGAAUACAUUUAAACGAAUGCUCUAAACGUAGGUGUACAUAGCAAACGAUUAUUUUAUUUUUAACCGAAUCGCUAACUAUUUGUAUAAUUGAAUAUAGACAUGUUAAUAUUACUGUCUAUAUUCAAUUUUAGAAGAAAAAAGCUUUCUUUUUUACACAAUGAUAUGUAGAUAUUAAAUUCUUAGUUCAGUCUCCAAUUUAUGGUCUAAGACUCAAUUGGUUAUGACUAAAGCAAAGUUUCAAUAAACGUUAGAAGCAUCGGAUGUAGGUAUAAAAAUAUUUGAACAAUAAUAUAAUUAAUUUAGAAAAGUCCUAUUCGAUUUUUCGAUGGUUGGCGAUUCGGUUUAACAUUGUCUGUUUGAAUGAGAUGUGAAUGUUAGCAGUAUUAAGGUGGUGAGUGUUAAUUUCGAUAUGUUUAAAUGGCUUCUCUCUACCUCAUGGUAUACUAAACCGGUUUUCAGUUCCGUUUAGGUAUUAUAAACUAUGUGUUACAAAAUGGUACAUAACACUUCUUGUCUUUGUCACACUUUUGUAACAUCUUUUUAAAGAAAAGAGACAACAAAUGUUGCCUAACAUUUUGUAACAUGCUGUGUGGGACCUUUUGUUUAGCUGGUAUGAUCAAGUAAUUGAUAAACAAAACAAAGGUUAAUGAACGCAGUCAGUCUUACUUGUUUAUAAAAUUUAAUAACCAUUCUGACGAUCUACAUAAGGUCGUCAAUUGAAGUUUUAGAUCGAAUUUUAAGAGUUAAUCAGUACACUAAAUCAAUUGCUCACCAAGCACGCUAAUUGCCUUUAAAACAGGUAUUAAACGCGCACGUACCUUUUAUUCCUCGUAAGUUUCGGGACGUGUUACAACGACCCGUGGUCAUCGAGCAACUGACUCAGCGGGUUAAUGCUCCGACGACUGCACGGCAGAAUAUUCUUCUACCGCCAAGUACCGUAUUCUGAGUCGUAACCGUUUUCGUUCUCACACGUCCCGAAACUUCCGAGGUAGACGCGAGCGGUCCCGACGUUCCAUACUAAUUAAUUUUGAAAUUAGAACGUCGGGAGAUCACACAAGGCAGGCACUGGCGUCUGUCUCGACCGAUGGAUCGUAUGAAUUAUCGUACUGCGCUUAAAUAGGUGAAUUUUAAUUAGCCAAAUUAUAAUGCGUAUACGCGACACAAGAGGGCUUUAUUCUGUCUCUAAAUAAAUAUAAAUCAGUGUAUAAAUACAUAGUUGUAGAAGAAAUGUCACCUUCGCCGUUGACAUAUUUUCGACGACGCACAGUCUCUGUUUAAACCAGUUGGAACGAUUCCACUUAAUGUUUAUUCAUAGAAAUUCGAAAUCAUUUGCAAUCAUAUUAGUUUUAGUUAUGCCGGUUUUCAUUAAUUACUCGUGUAAUUAUCUACUAAUGUGAAAAUUGUCAUUUUUCGGCCGGUUUCACCACUUUCUGAUAAAAUAUUAUAAUAAGACAUUUAUAUUAAUUGCUAGAUAAAUCAGCCUGAUGAGAUUGGCUACUUAGGCCUAUCCAAUACUUGUUAAACACAAGUUUUAACGCUGUUUGAUGUGUUACAUUUAGGCUAUCUGAUACUUUAUCAGUAUAACAGGCCCUUAAUUCGUAAAUAGGUAAAGUCUGGACGAAUAAAGAAGUCCCGCGGUGAUAUCGCCGCGGUACCAUCUAUCAAUAACCAAUUGACCACGUUGUUGUUGUCACCUACUGUAGCGCCGCCGUCCGGGACUUUCGUACCGCGGAAUCGUUUAUUGUUGAACGUAUAACCGUAUCAAGGAAAUUUAGAAAAGAGAGUGGCAAAAGUUAAUCUAGUUACUCCCAACAGAUAUUGUAUUGACAUAAAUGUUAACUCCCAUUCGACUUCUAUACAUAAAAUUAAAUCAGGCAGCCAUGUUAAAUUAACAAUUCCGAUGUUGCGCAACUUAUCAGAAUGCCGAGGAAAGUUCGCCUGUAUUUCGAGGGCUAAAAGGCCGCAGUGUUAGAAUUUCUAAUUGAUAGAACCAUAAAAACGAGAUUACACGCAUGGUCGACAGCACAGCAUACCUUUAAUUCAUAGCAAACUGACCCUAUUAUCGCGGCAUAAAGGGUAUUUAUAGGAAUUAUACAUGCGGACGCCUCUACGACAUUUUUGUAAAUCAUACGUUACGCAAUUAAGCUUCUAUAUAUCUAAGUAAACACUUAUUUGUGUUUUCAUAAGUUUUUAUUAGAAAAUAUUGUUAUCACUUAUACAAUAGAAUUUUCUUGGCUAUUAAUAAAUACAUGAGAUAAAACUGAACAAAGUCGAUCAUCAUAAAUAACAACAUUUUUUUUUACAUGUUGUUUCUGAUGUCAAUUUUCUAGAUCUUUGAGGGGUUCUUGUGUUUUACAGGUAACCCUAAUCAAUCCUUUACGAUUUAACUAGAAAAAAUCAAUAGUUUAAUAAUACAAUAGUAACCUUUUAAUCGAGAUUUUUUUGACAUAUUACUACAGGUAUAAUAACCGUAAAAACAGUGGCUUUUGCGGAUAUAAGUUGACAUAUGCCAAUAGUUGACGAUUACGUCUACAAGAACACUAACAGUCUUGAUCAUAUAGUUGUUCAUUUAGUUAUAUCUAGGAUAACAGGUACAGUAAGCCUCCACCGAGUGUUUACUUGCCAAAAUGUAUAGAAUUAUUUUGCUCUGAUUGAAAUUGCAAAUAUUGUUUACUGAUCAUUGUGAAUUUGCCAACCACUAUUCAGAUGGACGAGCUCGAGUUUCACAACUGUGUAGCCCGCACGGAUUAAAGACGUGAUACUGUAUCUGUGUACACAGACAGAUACAGAAUUUGAUUCGCAGCGGCGUAGACAGGGCCAAAAGUCCUGAAACUCGGAGGUCACGGCGGAAGGUAGACCUAUUAAUGUAAUAGAGAUAGCUAUCCGAUCGCCUAUCAGAAUGAUCUUCAGUUUAAAACCUUUAGUUACACAGUUAUUCAAAUAUUCAAUCUGUAACGUAAGCUUGUGGUUGUGGCUGGUUUAUUAGAUCAGAUUAUCCAGGUCAAUCGACUGUCACCAGUAACACUUCAGUGGGCAAGCCACAACAUAGGCCUACGACUAACGGAGAGCUGAUUUGUGGUACGUAACGCGACGGGUUCCUUACAGACGAGAAACAUUAAACCUUGAAUUCUAGAGGAAACUUUUGGUUUACUAAAACGCGUACUAUGCAGUAACAGAAUCAUUGCAAAUUAUAUUAUCUGCAUAUUGGUUUAGUUGCCCGUAGUUUAAUGAAGUACAGUCACCUGUAUACAUCAACGUGCCUGUGACUAAUUCAUAUGCCUAUUUGUAUAUCAACGAUGAACAGUAAACUAUAUCUGCCCAUGGUUCACAAUACACACUGCCAACAUAUGGAAACAUUAGACUGACAGUAACACUUAUACAAGUUAGCUAGCAAUAGUCAUAAGUCGAUUGAGUGCAUGUGUAUUCGCGCUUUAUCUUUAGGUAGAUUCACUUGCUCGAUAAAUAAGGGCUGAUUUUCAAUAGGGAAAUGAUAAUAUAUAUAUAUAGUCUCAAUGGGUUUGAUAAAUCAGACUUUAUAGUACAUAGAAUAGGAUCUAAUUUCUUUUAUCAUGGUUAUAACUAAUUUGGCGAAAUACGGAUGAUUCAGGCUAAGGUAGCCCUAUCGCCUCGCUCGCCUAUUUGCCUCUGGUGUGUACGUGCCUCGACAUGACGCGAUUCGGCCCGUGGCUGCCUCAACCACAUACACAGCAUUAGCCAUAAAAAUAUUUAUCAGAUAUACUUAUGAUUUUGAAAAUUACAAAAAUAUUAGCAAGACUCGCUUCAGAUACUGCCCAAACUGAAUUUACACAAAAUAUAAUAGAUCUAAUUAGAUUAAUGAGCAAGUCGCAAACGGCUCAACAUUAAAAUAUGUCCAUAAAAUGAUAGCCAAUUAAAAUUAUGCAGUUUAGUAAAAUAGAUCUUAUAGAUCUGAUACAAUAUAUAUACUAAUAUGAUGGUAGACGUCCUACACGAUAAUAGUAGAUGUUGAUUCGUUUCAGUAUACAAUACAUAUAUAUAUAUAUAUAUAUAUAUAUG